AGACUUUACAAAUGAAUGUCUAAUGGAUCAUGAAUGGAUGAAACCAUAGGCGUACAAAAAACAUAUUGGAUUUCUUUAAAGUUCGGUUAUAUUUACACGGUCAAUAUCAAAACGGGUAAAGAACUAGAAGACUAAUCGAUUGCCAUAGGUAACUCUGUACUCGAUUAGUUAUGCAUACACUUUGCUCACCAAGCAUCUUUGCUCAACUACUCGUCCUGUGUCGGCCGAAUCUUAGCCUGCUGGUCGCUGAAUUGUGAAUUACUAGCUAAUGCUAGCGACGUUUUUGUGCUUUACCUGCCUAGCCUAUUAAGACGAAUCAUCUCCUCGUUUCAAGCCAAUGUUGUAAUUAUUUAUGUAUAUUGAAUCACUCCGUAGGGAACGUAAAAUAUUAUGCGGUGUCAGAUAUAUGUAAAACUGAAUAAUAUGGUUUCCCGCGAGCAAACCAGCUUGACUGGCUAACUACCAGGCUAGCAUGAACGCUAACGUUAGUUAGCUACGCCUACGAUGAAUAAUUUCAACAGUCGGACUGGUAAAAAAGCCCAGAUGAUGUGUGGCUAGGCUCUGAAGCCUGAGUGACCAGUCUGUGUGAGGAAGGAGCCUGAGGAGCACCAUGGCAACGCGGAACAGGAACUCGGUGCAGAUCCUGUCGGCACGGGAGAGAGGUGCCAAGGUGUUGGGCUCGCAGCGAUUUCUGAAGCAGCUGGUGGAGGAGAGGACUAGAUGGAUGAAAUGGCAAAGUCAGAAGGUGGAGUUGCCGGACAGUCCUCGCUCAACGUUCCUGCUGGCCUUCAGCCCAGACAGGAAACUGAUGGCCUCCACUCAUGUGAACCACAACAUCUACAUUACUGAGGUGCAGACUGGUAAGUGUCUGCAUUCUCUGGUUGGUCACCGGAGGACGCCCUGGUGCGUGACCUUUCACCCCACCAUCCCAGGCCUGGUGGCGUCAGGGUGCCUCGACGGAGAGGUCCGCAUCUGGGACCUGCAUGGUGGGAGUGAAAGCUGGUUCACGGAGAACGACGUGGCCAUCGCAUCCCUGGCGUUCCACCCCACUGCUCAACUUCUGCUAAUCGCCACCAACAACGAAAUACACUUCUGGGACUGGAGUCGGCCGGAGCCCUUCGCAGUGGUCAAAACUGCCAGCGAGAUGGAGAGAGUCAGGCUUGUGAGGUUUGAUCCACUGGGCCACAACCUUCUGACUGCCAUAGUGAACCCAUCCAGUCAACAGAAUGAAGAGGAUUCCGAGGCGUCAAUGGACGGCCUGGAGAUGCCGUUACCACGGCAGCGCUCGGUGCGCUCGCCCCCCGUGAGACGCACACCCAUCCUGCACAACUUCCUGCACAUGCUGUCGCCCCGCUCACAAGGGCCCCUGCCCUCAGAACUGCCCCGCCGCGACCUGCCCUCCAUGCCCCUGUUCCAGUACCCCUCGCGCGCCCCUCCCGCCACCCCGCAGGGCUGCACGCGCCACCUGGACCCCGUGUGCUACUGCAGCCGCUGCAGCUCCAGCUCCGUCCAGACCUACCUGUCAGUCACCUCCCAGAACCCACAGACUCAGGCCCCACCCCCCCAGCCGGUGGCCCCUCCCCCCCAGGCCACCCCCUUCAGUUUCACACCGCGCUUCUCCAUCGAGCCCCCGCCCCCCCCGGCCCCCGGCCCCAGCUUCCCCUCCCUGCAGGCGGCCGGGGCCCUGGUCUCCGAGAGGCCCUCAGCUUUCAGCAGCGUGCACAGCAGUGCAGAGGGGACUUUCGCCACCCAUGGGGCCUCAGAGCCCCCCCACGCACCCCCCCAAGCACCCCCCCAUGUGCACCCUCAUGUGCACCCUCAUGUGCACCCACAUGCGCACCCCCAUGUGCACCCCCAUGCGCACCCUCAUGCCCACCCCCAUGUGCACCCCCAUGCGCACCCUCAUGCCCACCCCCACGGGCACCCCCAUGGACAUGCCCACGGGCACGCCCACGGGCACUCGGAGCCCUGGGGCCGGCAGGAGGAUGCGGGAGGCCGGGGCAACACCAUGGUGCGGAGCAGCUGUGUCUUCACCCCGAGGACCAGCUCGUCCUCCUCGUCCCCGGUGCCCGGCCUGCGCCCGGCGGAGGCGUCGUCCUCCUCCAGCGCGCCCAUCUACACGUCCGCCAGCGAGGGCCGCGGCCCGCCGCACACCACAGGCGCCGAGGCCUCCGGAGGCGGGGCCACUCUCAGACCCGCCCACGCCACCAGCAGCGGGCACCACCCCUUCUACGACGGCGGCGGCGGGCGGAGCCAGAACCCGGCGUCCAUCCGGAACGUUCUGCAGUGCAACCUGAGCCGCUACUUCAUGGAGUACGAGCGCAUGCAGGACGGCGAGCGCCUGGCCCGGGGCGGAGGGGGGGCGGGCAGCCGCGAGGCCAUGCAACAGCUGCUUAGCAACAACAAUCACGGCAACGGCAGCGAAGGCGCUUCCGACGACGCGGAGCGACCCGGCCCCUCGCACUACCAGGCAUCCGCCCCCCACACCAGCCUGAACCGCUGCCGCUCCUGCCACAACCUGCUCACGUACAACCACGACACGCAGCGCUGGGAGCGCUCAGGCCCCUCCUCCUCCAGCUCCGCCCCCCCGCAGCAGGACCCCGCCUCUCCUGCGCCCCCAGCCCCCCCCUCCGCCUGGCAGCUGUCUGCGCCGGGAGGGUCACAGGAGGCCCCGCCCCCGCCCCCCGAGGUGCGUCAGGCACCUGCGCCUGGCGAGACGACCUUCGACCCCCAGCAGCCGGCGGAGGUGCGUCACGUGGUGCCUCGGGAGGCUCCGCUGGGGCUGCAGUGCCUGGUGUACAGUCAGGACCGUCGGCAGCGCGAACGUGCCCGCCCCCCCCUACCCCCGCCUCUGCCCCCCCGCAGGCCCGUAGAGGCUGCCCAGGACGCCUUGAACCAGGAAGUGCCUGUGGAGACGCCUGACGAAGACUCGCUGCGCAGGCGGCUGCUGGAGUCAUCCAUCAUCUCUCUUUCCCGCUACGACAUGACGGGAUCCCGGGAUCACCCCAUCUACCCCGACCCUGCCAGGUUGUCUCCGGCUGCCUACUACGCACAGCGUAUGAUCCAGUAUCUCUCUAGGCGGGACAGCAUCCGCCAGCGCUCGCUUCAGAACCGCCUUCGCACGCUCUCGUCCUCGUCCGACAGCCAGGUCCCCAGCCCCACCGCUUCCAUGGAGACGGGCGACGUGGACUACGAGGAGCUGGAGGACCCUGGAGACAGGACAAGGCACAGAAUGCCUCGGAAUACCCGAAUGUCUGCGCCAUCUCUCGGUCGCUUCGUUCCACGGAGAUUUCUCUUCCCUGAGUACCUGCCUUACGGGAUCUUCCACGAGCGGAGCCAGGGCGGCGUGGCCACCCACUCCUCCAUCAACCGCGUGCUGGCAGGAGCCUCCAUUGGCGAUGGCCAGUCUGCUGUGGCGAGCAACAUAGCCAGCACCACCUACCGGCUCCAGUGGUGGGACUUCACUAAGUUUGACCUGCCUGAGAUCAGCAAUGGCUCCGUGAAUGUGCUGGUUCCACAGUGCAAGAUCUAUAACGACGCCAGCUGUGACAUCUCUGCGGACGGCCAGCUCCUGGCGGUGUUCAUUCCCAGCAGCCAGCGGGACUUCCCCGACGAGGGCAUCCUGGCCGUGUACUCGCUGGCCCCGCACAACCUCGGGGAGCGCCUCUACACCAAGAGGUUUGGUCCCAAUGCCAUCUCCGUCAGCUUGUCUCCAAUGGGCUGCUAUGUGAUGGUGGGCCUGGCCUCUCGCAGGAUCCUGCUGCACCCUGCCACUGACCACAUGGUGGCGCAAGUGUUCCGCCUGCAGCAGCCUCAUGGUGGCGAGGCCUCCAUCAGGAUGGCGUUUAACGUGGUCUAUCCCAUGGGUCCUGACCAGCGACGGCACGUCAGCAUCAAUUCAGCCCGAUGGCUGCCAGAGCCAGGCAUGGGGUUGGCCUACGGGACCAACAAAGGAGAUCUGGUCAUCUGUCGUCCUGUGGACUACCGCAGUGAUGGAGAAGGCCCAGCUGAGCCGGCUUCAGAGUCUGCCUUCUCCCUCAACAACACCCCAGGAGCCAGCCGAGGAAGGCCCGCCGACAGGCCAGGGUCAAGCAGGGCCAUCCUGAGGCUGGACAGGGACAUGGGUCUAAUGGAUGCCAUCGGCUUGCAGCCUCGUCACCCGGCAACCUCGGUUACCUCUGUGACCUCUCAGGGCACGCAAACAGCCAUGCCCCCGCUGCAGAAUGCCCAGACCCAGACGGACCGCGACCCACAACAGCCCGGGACCUCCCAGGCCAGCCACAGCCGAGCGGUCCAGGUGGAGAGUGUGGAGAUUCAGACCCAGAGUGGCCCACAGCCCAACGCCAGUACUGAUGUGACCUCUGAGAUGACCUCUGACCCCUCGGCACAGGAGCCUGCUUCACAGGACACCCCGGCACAGACCAGUGACUCUGCCAGCAGCCAUGGCCUGGGCAGGUCCGAGGAGCCGAGCCCUGGGGGAGGCGCGCCAGACGGCGCGAUGUCGGCGGAGGAGGUGGUGUCGCGGUCGGCAGCGGAGUCGAGUACGGGGGAGGACGCGCUCUCGCGGCUGCGGAGGCUGAUGGCGGAGGGCGGCAUGACGGCCGUGGUUCAGCGGGAGCAGAGCACCACCAUGGCCUCCAUGGGCGGCUUCGGCAAUGACAUCAUCGUCAGUCACCGCAUCCACCGCGGCUCGCAGACCGGCGCAGCCGCGGCAGCGGCCGCCCACGCAGCCCACGGCCAACAGCCCCGCCCUCAACGGCCCCCGCCAGGCUCACUGAUGCCCAGCGCCAGCCCCCUGCCAGGCUCACUGAUGCCUAGCGCCCGUGCCCCGGUGCCCCCGCUGGGGCGGGCAGGCCUGGGGCAGAGCGGGAGGGCGGAGUCAGCAGACAUGGAGGACGUGUUUGAGGAGAGGAACGCUGAGGAGGCCCAGCCCCCCCCACUCCCCCACCACCUCUUCAGCUCCAACAACAACAACAACAACAACGGCAGCGGCGGCGGUAGCAGAGGUCCCACUGGAGACCAGUAUGGCAGAUAGGGACCCCUGGCGUCCCCCAGGCCCAGAUCAGAGAGCCCGCGGCGGGGAUGAGGCCGCAGCACUCCUGGGGGGGCAGCGCUGGGUGAGCUGCCCCAGGAGUGGGGGCUUUUUUGGCCUUACAGAGAUGAUUGGCCUGUGCUUGGCAGCGCAUACCACCCACCCCUAAUUCACCCCCGAUACCCCCCUGACCUCAUGCUGCCACUCCUGAAGGGUGUAGGGUGUUUCUCUGAGCCCUCAGACAGAUGAGCAUUCCAGAUGGUGAAAGGGCUUUUACUUGAACAACUCUCUCUCUCUCUUCUUGCUGACGUUCGCAUUCGCUCUCUCUCUGGCUCUCUCUUUCUCUCUCACUCUUUCCAUCUCUCACUCUCUGUCUGGCUCUCUCUCUCUCACUCUUCUUUCUGGCGCUCGCGCUUUCUUUCUCUGCCCCCCCCCACCCCACCCACGAGGAACGUUCUGUUGUGCUCUUGAGGAACUCUUGGGGGUGUUCUGGAGCCUCUGGUAGAGUUCUCGUCAUCUCUGAUCAGCGCUGGUGCCAUUUUGAUUUUAACUGCUUGUCCCCCCACACCUCUGGCUUCUCUCCGCUCAGAGGCUGUGUGUUUUUAUUUGAUUUUGGAGACCAUGGUUAUGCCCCUCCCCCAGCGCCCCGCCAGCCCCCCCCCCCCCGUUUGGUCUGGUUCGUCUGCUCUCCUGGUGUUUUUCCCUUGCGAGUUGUGUUUUAUUCUGAUAGAUAUGAAGCAUUAAAUAUGAAUGGAAAUUUCAAAGGAAAAAGGACAACCCUUGUAAGCUGAUGUGACAUGUCCUCUGCUGUUGUACAGUGAGUGUGUGUGUGUGUGUGUGUGUGUGUGUGUGUGUGAGAGCGAGAACUGUAGGGGGCAGUAGUGUGCGCUGACUGCGGGGUGCUAAAAUGACUUGUAAAAAAAAAAGAGAAGCUGGACUCAGAGGAGCCACAGCAAAAACACACACACACACAGUCAUCAGUGCAGUUUGGGAUUGCCUCGAAGAGGAGAAGAAAACCAAGAAAACCUGCACCUCCCACCUGAGAGAGACACACACACACACACACACACACACACACACACACACACACACAAACACACGGGCUGACACACACACAAACAAACACACGGGCUGGCGCACACACACACACACACACACAUGGGCUGUCACACCAUGCUGUCAACAUGAAGAGCCUGUCUCAGGAUGUGGCUGUAGCCUACUCCUCUCCAGAGAAAGAGGCAGAGUGUGUGUGUUUAACUGCAACCUGUUUCAACUCUUUCUGUCCAGUCUGUCUGUGUGUGUGUUUUACAGAUGAUCUACACUCUGUUCUCUGUCCCUACAGUUUAGCAUGUGUAUGUGCGUGUGUUUGAGGUCUGUUCCUUUCUGUCUGCAGUAAGAGUGUGUGUGUGUGUGUGUGUGUGUGAGGACCUGCGCCUCUUUUUCUUUGCAUUAAGAGUGUGUGUUUGUUUGAGGUGCUGAGCUCCUCUCCGCUCUGGCAUGGGGCUGGAGCAGUUCUUACUUGAAAAAGCCCAUUUCAGCCGAGUGUGUGUGUGUGUGUGUGUAGGCCAGACCUGAAGGCAUGAAAAGCACUGAUGAAGAGCCUGUGUGAGUGUGUGUGUGUGUGUGUGUGUGUGUGUUCUUUAAGCUAGAGCAAGUGUGUAGUGGUUUGCAUGUUUGUCUUUCGGAGACUCGCAGAUGGUUCAGCCAGUGUAGGUGCCUGUGUGUGUGUGUGUGUGUGUGAGCAGUGGUGUUCUCAUUCUGAUCUUAGCUCUUCACCAAUGCAGAUGUCUUGGUUUUCAGCUUUUGUUUGUUUUACUUGUACAAAAAUAUCCGAUUGUAAAAAAAAAAAAAAAAGAAAAGAAAAAAAAGAAGGGAUCACAGCUGAGAUCACCCCUGAUUUACUUUGGAUGGGAAGAAAUCUUGAAUGCUCCAUCACUGAGUAUUGUUUAUGUUGUUUUUUUUGUCCCUAAAGAAGUUUUCUACUUUAAAACUUAAUCUGGUUCAUCUAUCACAAGGUUGUCUCUGCGCCCCGCCACCACCUCCUCUCAGACACUGACUGUGAGGAAGUGUCAGGAUCUGUCACCUAACUGUUUCCGUGACGACAUAUCUGGAAAUGCCUUCAACAGUCACUUCAGUGCAUCUUUUUUUUUUUUUUUUUUUUUACGCGAGGGAAAAUGACUGACUGCCUUAAGUAUCAUGAUGCUCUUCUCUUCUCUCCUGCCACCCUCCCCCUCCAAUCAUCAGUGACUUUACCCAGGUGGGCAUCUGUGCCAGCAUGGGCAGGAGCAGGUGGGCAUCUGUGCCAGCUUGGGCAGGAGCAGCUGGACACUGGUCUGGGCUUUAGCCAGCAUGGACAGAAACAGGCGGGGACACUGGUCUGAUUUUGGGGAGUGUUUGCUGGUCCGUUCGCUGGGAUGUGGUGAUGGAGUGGGUGAGGGGUGGAGGAACCUGAUGUUGGGGUGACGUGUCCGUGUCUGUGUCUGUGAGGGGAACAGGAGAGGAGCCCUGAGGAACUUGUGACUGACUGCUCUCAUUAAUCAUUGUUUACCCAAGCAAUGGCUCUCUCCUGCGACCAGACCCGCUACAGCAGCAUCUGAGCGCGCUCAGCAGGACUCAAGCUGUUCUAGUGGUUUUAAGUGACCAUGAAGGAGCUGGCCUGUCCAGCAGGACCUGUGCAGUUUAAAGGCAAGGACUGCUCCUACCCGGAUGGGAUGGGAUGGGAUGGGAUGGGAUGGGACUACUCCUGCCCUGAUGGGGUUAGUGGGGGGUGGGGGACCAAAGCUGGGUCCAGCCCGUGGCAUUGGUAACACUGUUUCUGACAUGUCUCUGUCUCUGUCCCUCUCCCUUUCUCUCUCUCUCUCUCUCUCUCCGAAGGCGUUCUCUCCAUCAUUUAUGUGCUCUCUCCCUCUCUCUGAGGGCGUUCUCUCCAUCAUUUAUGUGCUCUGUCGCUGUGGCAGUGACGAAACUGAGAUUAUCUGUUGAAGGUUCAAGUGCAAUGGAACACCAAAGACCCAGUGUUAUGUGCAUUCAAAGAGAGGUCAAUAAACCCAGGGGCUGAGUGUAGAGGCUGCUUAUGUACGUUAUUUUAGACAGCUGUUUGUGUUAAUAAACAAGUCAAGUCACACCAUCA